AAGAGACUACAAUCCCCAGAGUGCACUGCGGUGUCCACGACUGUGCGUGGCGUGCCCUCGCAGCAGAGAGCAGACACUGCACUGUGACAUCGUGCAGCCGGCCUCGGCGUUAGCAAGCGUGUGUGUGUUGCAGGGUGAUUCAGGAUGGACCAGCCUCUGUGGGAGCAGAUAGGAUCCAGCUUCGUGCAGCAUUACUACCGGGUGUUUGACUCUGACAGGUCGCAGCUUGGAGCCAUUUAUAUCGAUACAUCAUGCCUUACAUGGGAAGGAGAGCAGUUCGAGGGAAAAGAGGCAAUUGUCAAGAAACUCACAAGUCUACCCUUCACAAAAAUAGCGCAUAGUAUAACAGCGCAGGACCACCAGCCAACUCCAGACAGCUGCAUCUUGAGUAUGGUUAUAGGACAGCUAAAAGCAGAUGAAGACCUCAUCAUGGGUUUCCAUCAGAGUUUCCUCCUGAAGAACAUUAACGACUCAUGGGUGUGCACCAAUGACAUGUUCAGGCUGGCCAUUCACAACUUCGGUUAACCUGCAUCUCCUCUCUGGUGGGCAGGGGCGGCCACGGUGACGGGCACUUGUGUGAUGAAGUGUGGAGGGAGGAGUUGAGGAUGGAGAGAAGAGAGAGCGCGCUCAUCCCUCCCUCCCGCUGUCUGACAAAACAAGCAAACACCGGAUUCUAGAUGUCAAUCACUGAACCUCAUCCAGGUGGGUUUUCAGCCCAGCCCAGCCCGUAGAACUGCGACGUGUUUCUUUGCUGAGAGCCGGCCGACCAAUCAGACGCCCCUGUCUGCCGCUCUGCUGAUCUGCAUGACGCUGGGAGCCCCUCAUUACAAUAUCUACACUUAAGCCACCAGAUGGACAAACCGCUGACCGACGCCAUUAACUCGUACUCUGCUCUCUACUCUUCUUUACUCCAUCUAACCCCGUUCUUCUCUACUGUUGACUCCUCUGCUGUCAACUCAGUUCUGUUAGCACUGCUGUUGACUGGUUCGUAGAUCCAUGUUCAGGUUCGGAGUCCGGCCUCUUCAGCGCCGACUCGUUGUGUUCUUUGUUUUUAGAUGCCACUCGUGAGUUUACUUUAGCUUGCCUCCGUGAGUUAACUCGAGUUUUAUCUUCCUAUACACAACUGUUAACUUUGCCAUGCGUCAUUCUCUCAUGCCAGGUUUUGCUCUCGCAAACCAAAGAAUCAUGGAGGAAAUGAAGUUUGAUGUGUUAUUUUCUCCAACUCUACAUUUUCUCUCUUUCUCUCAUCUGGCAAUUACCAUGGACUACAGCCACGAUACACAAUAAAACCUGAACUUUUUUUCUUGA